CCGGUUGCGCUACUAUGGUACGUCAGCUUGGUGCUGGUACCUAAGAACUUUGCCACGUAUUGCAACCAGUGGGCUAAGACGCACCCGGACGAGGUGAAGCGCUUAAAUUGAGCUUACUUCAUUGAUGCAAUGAGACUGUGUUGCGUAGCAAGCUGCGAGCAGGACGUGUACUUUGUAUUUGUAGGCUCUUUGAGGGCACGCUUUUCCGCGCCCAUGUGGUUUGCCAUCCUCAUCACUGUGCUGGCAGCUGCGGGAAACAACAUCGGAAAGGUCCUACAAAAGCAGGCAACACGGACGCUGCCGCGGCUGGUGCUCAAUCGCACCACGCUUCUGCUGUACCUCCGCUCCGGGCUAUGGCUUACCGGCAUGCUCACUGACCUGGGCGGAGCCCUCCUCAUGAUCGUCGCCUUCGCUAACGCGCCGGUGUCCGUGGUUCAGCCCGUGUCCGGGGUGGGUCUCGUCAUACUGCUCAUCUUCUCCCACUUCUACCUCAAGGCUUCGAAUGUUGGUGGCGACAUUCCGCACACUCGGGCUCUCAGGUCCACCAUCACCACCACCACCACCAUCAUGCUAGGAGGUGGCGGCGGUGGUGGUGGUGGCGGCGGCGGCAGCGGCGCAUCCGCCGGCGGCGGCGGUGGUACUGCCGCUGCCGCGGCGGCCGACGCGGUGCUUUGCGGCUUAGAGGCAGGGGCGUGUUUUGGCUUCUCUGCGGCGGCGUGUCGUACCGCCGCCUCUGUGGGCCUUACCAGCACCGGCUUCCUGCUUCAGACCCGGGGGCUCAAGGCGGGGAACACCGUGGUGGUGUGUGUGGCGGCAGCGACCUCCUCCAUGAUAUGCGGGGUGCUGGCAGGCAUGGUGGCACUGGAUGAGAAGCUGCCCACGGGACAUGGAAUGAAGGUUGUUCGUCUGGCCAGCUGGUUAUGCAUCCUGCUGGGGGUGAGCUGCCUGGCCGGGGGGACGGAGGCCCUGGCCUCUACUGCCUGCGCUGUAGCUGCCUGCCUGCCGCCCUGGCUCAGGCGGCUACUGCCCAGGCACCUGGCUGUCAGUGUGAGCCGCCUGCAGAAGAAGCGCGCGGUGGCGGGCAUGGGGCCUGGGGGCGGGGGCGGAGGUUUGGAGGAGGGGGAUGAUAUGGACGUGGUUUAG